AGCGUCUCCAAGACCGGUUCUACUCCUCCUACGGCGGAUCUACUCGAUGGCGCGUGAAGCGCCCGGCCGUGCCGGCUAUCUCGAUCNGCCCAUCGAAGGCGAUUGGAUUGUCAUCGGCAUGCUGUGAGAAAAGAAUCCAGUUAGAUUGACGGGUCAGAUCGGCGAUACAAAACAGCCAGCACAGAAUGAAGCUGCCGACGAAGACGAAGUAUUGCACCCCGCUGCUGGCAGAGGACAGCUGGAGCGGCCGUACAAUGUUCGUUGAUGUUAGGCACUUCAGGCAUAUCUACAGGCCUCACACAUGGCAAAGCUGCUGGGAAGGGCACCGUCAGAGGCAGCGGCAAGCUUGAUUUUUGAGCCAGCACGCGACGACGACAGGCCCGACUAUGCGAAUAAGACUGGCUUGCUGCCCAGCAAUAGCAACACCAUCGUCGAGGGAGUGACGACCUUUGUCAUAGCCAGCUCGCUCACAAAGAUGCCCAAGUGACGCCGCUGUGGCGAGUCGAUUUCACCGAGCCUUCGAAUCCAAGCCCGAACGGA